AUGACACACUCAAUACACUCAGUAGCCUCAGAGACUGUUAAAGAGCAUAAUAAGCAUAUCAUUCGCCCACCAAAGUUCACGAGCAAGGCAAUAAAAAAUUAUAUUAAGACAAGAUUUACCUCACUAUGGGUCGGGUGGGACGAGUUGAAACAGUAUAAUUGGUACGAAGUUAUCAAUCUAUUUCAUCCGUUGGCUGAAAUGAACCUCCACCAAUGGAACUUUUUCUUCAUGGGCUUUUGGGCAUGGACUUGGGAUGCCUUUGACUACUUUAUCACCAGUUUGAAUGUUUCGAACAUCGCUAGUGAUUUAGGUGUUAGUACAAAAGACGUUACUUGGGGUAUAACGUUAGUGUUGAUGUUGCGAACAGUGGGUGCGUUGAUCUUUGGUGCUAUUGGUGACAAGUUCGGUAGGAAAUGGCCAUAUAUUAUCAAUUUGGUGCUACUUAUGGCUCUCCAAGUUGGAUGUGGGUUUGUGCAAACUUUUAAACAGUUUCUUGCAGUGAGAGCCUUAUUUGGAAUUGCCAUGGGCGGAAUAUUCGGUAUUUGUGCCGCUGAUGCUUUUGAAGAUGCGCCCAAAAAGGCGAGGGGUAUCUUAUCCGGUAUCUUCCAAGAAGGUUAUGCUUUUGGCUAUUUGUUAGCAGUGUGUUUCCAAAGGGCAUUUGACGAGACACCCGAUACAUGGAGAAACAUGUUUUAUUUCUCGGCUGGUGUUCCAGUUAUAUUUAUUGCAUGGAGAUUCAUUAACCCAGAAACAAACACAUACCAACGUCAACAAGAAAGAUUGGCUAAGCAGGCAGCAGCCAAACAGUCGAAGCAUGCCGAACUUUUAGAGUUCUGGGUUCAAGCAAAGAAGGCUUUGAAAACGUACUGGUUAAUCUUAAUCUACUUAGUGUUGAUGAUGGCUGGUUUCAAUUUUUCUUCCCACGGAUCACAAGACUUGUACCCAACCAUGUUGACUGAAACGUACCAUUUUGGACACGACAAGUCCACAGUCGUUAAUGUUUGUGCCAACUUGGGAGCCCUUGCUGGAGGUGUUGUUAUUGCUCACCUUUCGACAUUUAUUGGAAGGCGUACCGCCAUCCUAGUUGGAAAUGUCUUUGCUGGUGCUUUUAUCUAUCCAUGGGCGUUUAAACCUAUGUGGGUGACUGCAUUCUUUUUGCAAUUUGGUAUUCAAGGAUCGUGGGGAGUUGUGCCUGUUCAUUUAUCAGAGUUGUCACCACCACAAUUCAAGACUAUUGUCACUGGUGUUGCCUACCAGUUGGGUAACUUGGUUAGUUCGGCAAGUUCCACCAUCGAGGCCACGAUCAACGAUACUUUGGAUGAUUAUGGGAAAACCAUGGCCAUCUUCAUAGGAGCUGUGAUUGCUUACUUGAUGCUAAUUGUAUUUAUUGGUCCUGAAAAUAGAGGUGCAGAUUUGAGCAUUGAAAGAGACGAUGAGAUGAGUGUCUACGAUGUUGACGAAGAUGAAGACAAAGAUGAUACAGCUUCCAAGAUUGAGGAUAAGGAAGGUGUGUUUUAUGAAAAGCCCAGUGUUGACCACAGGGAAUAA